AUGGUCAACGGAGGAGUUAGUUACUCUAAUAAAACACAUCUUCCUAUCCAAAGCGUCCUGGCACUACGGCAGACUAGUAAAAGUUUUUAUGCUAUCGCCCGUCUGCUCAGUCUCUGGGCUCUCCUUCUGCGGACUCUUGUCCAGGAACAAAACAUCCCUAUACCCUACUUCGAUGGAAAAUCCCUCGAGUCUUUGUCAGCCUUAAAGCUCGAGCGGCUUACAUGUCGUGCACUCGCUCUUCGCAGCAACUGGACUAACCCUCAUCCGAAUUGCUGGGACCUUGCUGUCCUACAACCCGUGUGCAUAGCAAAACUGACAUACAUGGAAGGGCCAUACGACCGUGUUGUUAUCAAUGACGAUCCCUCUUCUCCAGCCAUGAUAGCGAUCCAGUCAUCACUAACGGGAAUACUCACAAUCGACUUCGAAGAGAAAAACCCCGAGUCAGCAUUCGUUCCGCUGAGUACCAUUGAUGGACUUAGAGAGAUUCACCUACUCAGUGGGAGCACGCUCGUCACCCGGCGUCCAGAACACGACGGAGAAGUGAGCAUGUGGGACAUCAGUGAUCAACCUUAUGAGAAAAUACAUAGUCAAAUUGUCGAGCUCUACUCCACCAUUCCCCGACCCAACAACAUUGCAACGCCGGGAGUGUCAAUCACGUACCCUCUCGCACAGCACAGCUUUCAACGGCCCCUACAGUCCGUCUAUGUGUCAGGGCAAGUCAAUUGGCAUGCUGCGCGCUCGCGCCGCCCCUCACCAAUCAACAUUGCCGUUCGAUAUAGAAGCACCAAUCUCUGGCCGGCGAACACGCUGCAUCUUUUCGUACUUACGCCAAAUCCCGCGUACAUCCCAGGACGAGAGACUUCUCUAUAUAACCUUCCAUACGCGGCGCAGCCCACUCUAGUGCAGACGAUAGGCUCACCAGUGUUUUCACUUCAGACGUCGGUCAUUGCUCUCGGACGAUAUGGUACUGUUAUCUGGCUUGACAACUAUUACGAAGACUGGGCGUAUGCGAGGGAGCCUAGCGAGUUCGAUCAGCGACUUGCAGGACAGAUACUGACGGCUACAGGAGGAUUCUCGACUAGCCAGCAUGGCUCAGAUGAUUCCAUGAUAUUUCGCGUACGAGACCGCAACGAUUGGAGCGUGGUCGCGAUUGAUGAGGAGUCUGGGAGAAUUGUGGUCGGUGAUGUGGACGGUACGAUAACACUUUUCGAAUAUCUUUAA